AUGGAGGUUUGCAGAAUGGCGUCUGAUUACUCAAGGACGUGUGCUAGCCCAGACAGUAUUCAGACUGGUGAUGCCCCCAUUGUCUCGGAAACCUGUGAGGUUUAUGUCUGGGGGAGCAACAGCAGCCAUCAGCUGGUGGAAGGCACACAGGAGAAAAUACUGCAGCCCAAACUGGCUCCCAGUUUCUCCGAUGCUCAGACUAUUGAAGCUGGACAAUACUGCACUUUUGUUAUUUCUACGGAUGGCUCUGUCAGAGCUUGCGGUAAAGGCAGCUAUGGGAGACUGGGCCUUGGAGAUUCUAAUAAUCAGUCCACUUUAAAAAAGUUAACAUUUGAACCUCACAGGUCCAUUAAAAAGGUUUCAUCUUCUAAAGGAUCUGAUGGUCACACCUUAGCUUUUACAACAGAAGGAGAAGUCUUCAGUUGGGGAGAUGGUGAUUAUGGGAAACUGGGACAUGGAAAUAGUUCAACACAGAAAUAUCCCAAGCUUAUUCAGGGCCCUCUGCAGGGAAAGGUAGUUGUUUGUGUGUCUGCUGGGUACAGACAUAGUGCUGCUGUCACAGAGGAUGGUGAAUUAUACACAUGGGGUGAAGGAGACUUUGGAAGACUAGGUCACGGAGACAGUAAUAGCCGUAACAUUCCAACAUUAGUAAAAGACAUUAGCAAUGUAGGAGAGGUUUCUUGUGGCAGUUCACAUACUAUUGCUUUGUCUAAAGAUGGGAGAACUGUAUGGUCUUUUGGAGGAGGAGACAAUGGCAAACUUGGCCAUGGAGAUACUAACAGAGUGUAUAAACCUAAAGUUGUUGAAGCUUUACAAGGAAUGUUCAUUCGCAAAGUUUGUGCUGGAAGCCAGUCUUCACUUGCUUUAACAUCAACAGGGCAGGUCUAUGCUUGGGGCUGUGGAGCUUGUCUAGGUUGUGGUUCUUCAGAAGCUACUGCUUUGAGACCCAAGCUUAUUGAAGAACUGGCUGCCACAAGAAUAGUUGAUAUUUCUAUUGGAGACAGUCAUUGUUUGGCUCUUUCUCAUGAUAAUGAAGUUUAUGCCUGGGGCAAUAACUCAAUGGGGCAAUGUGGCCAAGGAAAUUCCACAGGUCCUAUUACUAAGCCAAAAAAAGUGAGUGGCUUAGAUGGCAUAGCUAUUCAGCAGAUCUCUGCUGGAACAUCACAUAGUCUGGCAUGGACUGCUCUUCCUAGGGAUAGACAAGUUGUUGCAUGGCACCGACCUUAUUGUGUAGAUCUUGAAGAGAGUACCUUCUCACACCUGCGUUCUUUUCUUGAGAGAUACUGUGAUAAAAUAAACAGUGAGAUUCCCCCACUCCCUUUCCCUUCAUCAAGGGAACACCACAAUUUCCUCAAGCUGUGCCUGAAGCUGCUUUCAAAUCACCUUGCUCUUGCACUUGCGGGAGGGGUAGCUACCAGCAUUCUUGGGAGACAGGCAGGUCCACUUCGAAAUUUGCUUUUCAGACUGAUGGAUUCAACUGUCCCAGAUGAAAUUCAAGAGGUGGUAAUUGAAACUCUGUCAGUGGGAGCAACCAUGCUAUUACCUCCAUUACGAGAACGUAUGGAAUUGCUUCAUUCUCUUUUACCCCAAGGACCUGAUAGAUGGGAAAGCUUAUCUAAAGGACAGAGAAUGCAACUGGAUAUCAUUUUGACAAGUUUGCAAGAUCAUACCCAUGUAGCUUCCUUACUUGGCUAUAGCUCACCUUCUGAUGCUGCUGACCUCUCUUCUGUGUGUACUGGCUAUGGAAAUCUGUCAGAUCAACCUUAUGGCACUCAGAGCUGCCAUCCAGACACUCAUCUGGCUGAAAUUUUGAUGAAGACUCUCUUAAGAAAUUUAGGAUUUUAUACAGAUCAAGCCUUUGGAGAGCUAGAAAAGAAUAGUGAUAAAUUUCUACUUGGAACAUCAUCUUCGGAAAACAGUCAGCCUGCUCAUCUUCAUGAACUCCUGUGUUCACUGCAGAAACAGCUGCUGGCAUUUUGCCAUAUCAAUAACAUUAGUGAGAACUCAAGCAGCGUGGCGCUGCUUCAUAAACAUCUUCAGCUCUUGUUGCCUCAUGCCACAGAUAUUUAUUCACGCUCUGCAAAUUUGCUCAAAGAAAGUCCUUGGAAUGGCAGCGUUGGAGAAAAAUUAAGAGAUGUGAUAUACGUCUCAGCUGCAGGCAGUAUGCUUUGCCAGAUUGUUAACUCUCUACUGUUACUCCCCGUGUCAGUGGCACGGCCUCUGUUGAGUUACCUCCUCGACUUGUUGCCACCUCUUGAUUGCCUUAAUAGACUCCUGCCUGCUGCCGCUCUUUUAGAAGACCAAGAGUUACAGUGGCCUCUUCAUGGAGGGCCAGAACUGAUUGAUCCUGCUGGCAUGCCGUUACCUCAGCCAGCCCAGUCCUGGGUGUGGCUUGUGGAUCUGGAAAGAACAAUUGCUCUCCUUAUUGGGCGGUGUCUUGGUGGUAUGCUUCUGGGCUCCCCUGUGUCUCCAGAGGAACAGGACACUGCAUAUUGGAUGAAAACACCACUUUUUAGUGAUGGUGUAGAAAUGGACACCCCUCAGUUAGAUAAAUGUAUGAGUUGCCUGUUAGAAGUAGCUCUUUCAGGCAACGAAGAACAGAAGCCUUUUGAUUACAAACUGCGGCCUGAAAUUGCUGUGUAUGUAGACUUGGCAUUGGGUUGUUCAAAAGAGCCUGCGAGAAGCCUUUGGAUCAGCAUGCAGGAUUAUGCUGUUAGUAAAGAUUGGGACAGUGCAACUUUAAGUAAUGAGUCACUCUUGGACACUGUGUCUAGAUUUGUUCUUGCAGCACUUCUGAAACACACAAAUUUACUUAGCCAAGCAUGUGGAGAAAGCCGAUAUCAACCUGGUAAAAGCUUAUCAGAAGUGUACCGUUGUGUGUACAAAGUUCGAAGUCGUUUACUUGCUUGCAAGAACCUUGAACUUAUUCAGACCAGGUCAUCAUCACGAGACAGAUGGGUCUCGGAAAACCAAGACUCUGCAGAUGUUGAUCCUCAGGAGCAUUCAUUUACCCGGACCAUUGAUGAAGAAGCUGAAAUGGAAGAACAGGCUGAGCGAGACCGGGAGGAGGGGCAUCCUGAGCCAGAGGAUGAAGAAGAAGAACGGGAACAUGAAGUGAUGACAGCCGGCAAAAUCUUUCAGUGUUUCCUCUCAGCCCGUGAAGUAGCUCGUAGCCGAGAUCGAGAUAGAAUGAACAGUGGGGCAGGGUCUGGGGCUCGAGCUGAUGAUCCACCUCCUCAGUCUCAGCAAGAGCGAAGGGUCAGCACAGACCUUCCUGAGGGUCAGGAUGUAUACACUGCUGCCUGCAAUUCUGUGAUCCAUCGGUGUGCCCUGUUAAUAUUAGGAGUAAGUCCUGUGAUUGAUGAGCUUCAGAAGCGAAAGGAAGAAGGACAGUUGCAGCAGCCUUCAACAAGUGCCUCUGAAGGGGGUGGACUUAUGACCAGGAGUGAAAGUCUUACUGCAGAGAGCCGGCUAGUCCACGCAAGUCCAAAUUAUAGACUGAUCAAAUCAAGGAGUGAAUCUGAUUUGUCUCAGCCUGAAUCAGAUGAAGAGGGUUACGCACUGAGUGGAAGACGAAAUGUUGAUUUGGAUUUGGCAUCAUCUCAUAGAAAGAGAGGUCCUUUGCACAGUCAGUUGGAAUCCCUGAGUGACUCUUGGGCUCGCCUGAAACAUAGCAGAGACUGGUUAUGCAACUCCUCUUACUCCUUCGAGUCUGAUUUUGAUCUGACCAAGUCUUUGGGAGUUCACACUUUGAUUGAAAAUGUUGUGAGCUUUGUGAGUGGAGACGUGGGGAAUGCCCCAGGUUUUAAGGAACCGGAGGAAAGUAUGUCUACAAGUCCCCAGGCCUCCAUCAUCGCGAUGGAGCAGCAGCAGUUAAGGGCAGAACUUCGUUUAGAAGCACUUCACCAGAUCCUCGUUCUCUUGUCUGGGAUGGAGGAAAAAGGUAGCAUCUCUGUGGCAGGAAGCAGGUCAAGCUCAGGCUUCCAGUCAUCCACACUGCUCACAUCUGUGAGGCUGCAGUUUCUAGCAGGGUGUUUUGGUUUAGGCACUGUGGGACAUGUAGGAGCCAAAGGAGAGAGUGGCCGAUUGCAUCACUAUCAGGAUGGGAUCAGAGCGGCUAAAAGAAAUAUUCAGAUUGAAAUCCAGGUGGCCGUGCAUAAGAUUUAUCAACAAUUGUCUGCUACCCUAGAGAGAGCUCUGCAAGCAAACAAGCAUCACAUUGAAGCCCAGCAACGUCUCCUCUUGGUUACAGUUUUUGCCCUGAGUGUUCACUAUCAACCAGUGGAUGUUUCUUUGGCAAUUUCCACUGGUCUGCUAAACGUAUUGUCGCAGUUAUGUGGCACAGACACCAUGCUGGGACAGCCUCUGCAGUUGUUGCCAAAGACAGGGGUUUCCCAGCUUAGCACAGCUUUAAAAGUGGCUAGUACAAGAUUGCUGCAGAUUCUAGCCAUCACUACAGGGACUUAUGCUGAUAAACUGAGCCCCAAAGUAGUUCAGUCCUUGUUGGACCUACUCUGUAGUCAGUUGAAGAAUUUGUUAUCCCAAGCUGGUGUCCUCCUUAUGGCCUCUUUUGGAGAAGGGGAAGGAGAAGAGGGUGAAGAAGAAGAAAAAAAAGUUGACUCCAGUGGAGAAACUGAGAAGAAAGACUUCAGAGCUGCUCUUAGGAAACAACAUGCAGCCGAACUGCAUCUGGGGGAUUUUUUAGUUUUUCUUCGCAGAGUUGUAUCUUCAAAAGCAAUUCAAUCAAAAAUGGCUUCCCCAAAAUGGACAGAAGUGCUUCUAAAUAUAGCAUCUCAGAAGUGUUCUUCAGGUAUUCCUCUAGUUGGUAACCUAAGAACGAGGCUCCUUGCACUUCACGUCCUUGAGGCUGUGCUACCAGCUUGUGAAUCUGGUGUAGAAGAUGAUCAAAUGGCUCAGGUUGUUGAACGCCUCUUUUCCCUUCUGUCGGACUGUAUGUGGGAGACACCCAUUGCUCAGGCCAAACAUGCUAUUCAGAUAAAGGAAAAAGAACAAGAAAUAAAGUCACAGUUCAUCUUCCCAACUUUUUGGUCGCCUAGUGAUACUCCAUUGUAUAAUCUGGAACCCUGUGAACCACUGCCUUUUGAUGUGGCGCGAUUCCGAGGCCUGACGGCUUCUGUGUUGCUGGACCUCACAUAUCUGACUGGUAUUCACGAAGACAUGGGCAAACAGAGCACCAAGCGACAUGAAAAGAAACACCGACAUGAGUCUGAGGAGAAAGGGGAUGUUGAGCAGAAAACCGAGAGUGAAUCUGCUGUAGAUACGCGAGCAGGCUUAACAUCUGAUGAUGUCAAAAGUCAGGGUACCACAGCCUCCAAAUCAGACAACGAAAUAGCUUCAUUUUCUUUAGAUCCAACACUGCCAAGUGUGGAAUCCCAACAUCAGAUAACAGAAGGAAAAAGAAAAAAUCACGAACACAUAUCCAAAAACCAUGACAUAGCCCAGUCGGAAAUCCGAGCAAUCCAGCUGUCCUAUCUCUACCUCGGUGCUAUGAAAUCACUUAGUGCUCUUCUUGGCUGUAGUAAAUAUGCUGAGCUGUUGCUGAUACCAAAGGUUCUGGCUGAAAAUGGCCAUAACUCAGACUGUGCAAGCUCUCCAGUCGUUCAUGAAGAUGUGGAGAUGCGUGCAGCCUUGCAGUUCUUGAUGCGACACAUGGUGAAGCGAGCAGUCAUGCGGUCACCCAUAAAGAGAGCAUUGGGAUUAGCUGAUCUGGAACGAGCUCAAGCCAUGAUCUAUAAAUUAGUGGUCCAUGGGCUCUUGGAAGACCAGUUUGGGGGCAAAAUUAAGCAAGAAAUUGAUCAACAAGCUGAAGAAAGUGACCAAGCCCAGCAGGCACAGACGCCGGUUACCACUAGCCCAUCAGCCUCGAGCACAACUUCCUUUAUGAGCAGCUCACUGGAGGACACCACGACUGCCACCACUCCAGUCACUGACACAGAAACAGUACCUGCAUCUGAAUCCCCAGGAGUGAUGCCACUUAGUCUUCUCAGGCAAAUGUUCUCUAGUUACCCAACUACCACUGUACUUCCCACACGUCGUGCACAGACUCCUCCAAUAUCAUCGUUACCAACCUCUCCUUCUGAUGAAGUAGGAAGGAGGCAAAGCUUAACUUCUCCUGAUUCCCAGUCAGCAAGGCCGGCUAACCGCACAGCCUUGUCAGACCCCAGCAGUAGACUUUCAACUUCUCCUCCUCCUCCAGCAAUUGCAGUACCCUUGCUGGAAAUGGGGUUCUCUCUCCGGCAGAUUGCCAAAGCCAUGGAAGCCACAGGUGCUCGAGGAGAGGCUGAUGCCCAAAACAUCACUGUCCUUGCCAUGUGGAUGAUAGAGCACCCUGGGCAUGAGGAUGAGGAGGAGCCCCAGUCAGGCAGCACAGCAGACUCAAGGCACGGAGCAGCAGUCCUAGGCAGUGGUGGGAAGUCAAAUGACCCCUGUUAUUUGCAGUCACCAGGAGACAUCCCAUCAGCUGAUGCUGCUGAAAUGGAAGAAGGCUUUAGUGAAAGUCCUGAUAAUCUGGACCAUACAGAGAAUGCAGCUUCUGGAAGUGGACCACCAGCUAGGGGUCGCUCAGCAGUAACAAGAAGGCACAAGUUUGAUUUAGCUGCUCGCACAUUGCUAGCAAGAGCAGCGGGGUUAUACCGCUCUGUGCAGGCCCACAGGAAUCAAAGUCGGAGAGAAGGAAUAUCUUUGCAGCAAGACCCAGGGGCGCUGUAUGACUUUAAUUUAGAUGAGGAAUUGGAAAUUGAUCUUGAUGAUGAAGCGAUGGAAGCUAUGUUUGGACAAGACCUGACCAGUGACAAUGAUAUUCUGGGAAUGUGGAUCCCAGAGGUACUGGAUUGGCCUACCUGGCAUGUUUGUGAAUCUGAAGACAGGGAAGAAGUGGUGGUGUGUGAACUGUGUGAAUGCAGCGUCGUCAGUUUCAAUCAGCACAUGAAGAGAAAUCACCCUGGCUGUGGGCGCAGUGCAAACCGCCAGGGCUACCGCAGCAAUGGCUCCUAUGUGGAUGGCUGGUUUGGUGGUGAAUGUGGGAGUGGAAAUCCAUACUACCUGCUGUGUGGCAGCUGCAGGGAGAAGUACUUAGCCCUGAAGACCAAAUCCAAGACAACAACUUCUGAAAGGUACAAGGGACAAGCUCCAGAUCUAAUUGGCAAGCAGGACAGUGUGUAUGAAGAAGACUGGGACAUGUUGGAUGUUGAUGAAGAUGAAAAGCUAACGGGUGAAGAAGAAUUUGAAUUACUUGCUGGACCACUUGGUUUAAACGACCGACGCAUUGUACCAGAACCAGUUCAGUUCCCCGACAGUGAUCCCUUGGGAGCAUCGGUAGCAAUGGUAACUGCUACCAACAGUAUGGAAGAGACUCUGAUGCAAAUAGGUUGCCAUGGCUCUGUAGAAAAGAGUUCCUCUGGAAGAAUAACACUAGGUGAGCAGGCAGCUGCUUUAGCAAACCCUCAUGACCGGGUGGUGGCUUUAAGGAGAGUGACUGCGGCUGCUCAGGUUCUUCUGGCAAGAACCAUGGUAAUGAGAGCUCUGUCUCUUCUCUCAGUCAGUGGUUCCAGUUGUAGCCUGGCUGCUGGUCUUGAAUCUCUGGGGCUUACAGAUAUCCGAACCCUGGUUCGAUUAAUGUGCUUGGCUGCAGCAGGGAGAGCUGGCCUCUCCACCAGCCCUUCUGCCAUGGCCAGCCCCUCAGAACGCUCUCGAGGUGGGCACAGCAAGGCUAGUAAGCCCAUCUCUUGCCUGGCUUAUCUGAGCACAGCGGUGGGAUGUCUGGCAUCAAACACUCCUAGUGCUGCAAAACUCCUGGUGCAGUUGUGUACACAGAACUUGAUUUCUGCUGCAACAGGUGUAAAUCUAACCACAGUCGAUGAUCCAAUUCAGCGAAAGUUUCUACCCAGCUUUCUCCGAGGAAUUGCUGAAGAGAAUAAGCUUGUAACCUCCCCAAACUUUGUUGUAACUCAGGCCCUUGUGGCAUUACUAGCAGACAAGGGGGCCAAACUGAGACCUAACUAUGAUAAGUCAGAAGUUGAAAAAAAAGGCCCUCUGGAGCUGGCUAAUGCCCUGGCAGCCUGCUGCCUGUCCUCCAGGCUGUCCUCACAGCAUAGGCAAUGGGCUGCUCAACAGCUUGUGCGCACUCUUGCUGCACAUGACCGCGACAACCAAACUACUCCCCAAACACUCGCCGAUAUGGGAGGAGAUCUCAGAAAAUGCUCCUUUAUCAAGUUGGAGGCUCAUCAGAACAGAGUAAUGACUUGUGUUUGGUGUAAUAAAAAAGGACUCUUAGCUACAAGUGGCAAUGAUGGUACCAUCCGGGUGUGGAAUGUUACCAAGAAGCAAUAUUCCCUGCAACAAACCUGUGUGUUCAACAGAUUAGAAGGAGAUGCUGAGGAAAGCCUGGGGUCACCCAGUGAUCCAAGUUUCUCACCUGUUUCCUGGAGUAUCAGCGGCAAAUACCUAGCUGGGGCCUUGGAAAAGAUGGUGAAUAUUUGGCAAGUUAAUGGAGGAAAAGGAUUAGUAGAUAUUCAGCCUCAUUGGGUAUCUGCCCUGGCUUGGCCAGAGGAAGGUCCAGCUACAGCCUGGUCAGGAGAGUCUCCAGAAUUAUUGUUGGUGGGACGGAUGGAUGGAUCUCUAGGACUGAUUGAAGUUAUUGAUGUAUCAACCAUGCACCGUCGAGAAUUGGAGCAUUGCUAUCGAAAGGAUGUGUCUGUAACUUGCAUUGCUUGGUUCAGUGAAGAUAGACCAUUUGCAGUGGGAUAUUUUGAUGGAAAGUUGUUACUGGGAACAAAAGAACCACUUGAGAAAGGAGGCAUUGUUCUAAUUGAUGCACAUAAGGAUACUCUUGUUAGUAUGAAGUGGGACCCAACAGGUCAUAUUCUUAUGACAUGUGCCAAAGAAGAAAAUGUGAAACUCUGGGGGCCUAUUUCAGGAUGCUGGCGUUGUCUACAUUCACUCUGCCAUCCAUCUAUUGUAAACGGCAUCGCUUGGUGCAGCCUCCCAGGGAAAGGAUCCAAAUUGCAUUUACUGAUGGCUACUGGCUGUCAGAGUGGCUUAGUAUGUGUUUGGCGUAUUCCACAAGAUAUACAGCAGACCAGUGUGACUAGUUCAGAAGGAUGGUGGGACCAGGAGUCCAGUUGCCAGGAUGGAUAUAGGAAAUCGACCGGAGCCAAGUGUGUUUAUCAGCUGCGGGGACACAUCACCCCUGUCCGGACUGUUGCCUUUAGUUCUGAUGGGUUGGCCCUCGUGUCUGGUGGACUAGGUGGACUCAUGAACAUUUGGUCUUUAAGGGAUGGCUCUGUCUUGCAAACUGUUGUGAUAGGCUCUGGAGCUAUUCAGACCACAGUAUGGAUUCCAGAUGUUGGGGUAGCUGCUUGCUCAAAUAGAUCAAAGGAUGUUUUGGUCGUGAAUUGUACAGCAGAAUGGGCUGCCGCCAAUCACGUUUUAGCAACCUGUAGGACAGCACUGAAACAGCAGGGUGUUCUGGGAUUAAACAUGGCUCCCUGCAUGAGAGCGUUUCUGGAGCGGCUACCCGUGAUGCUUCAGGAGCAGUAUGCCUAUGAAAAGCCGCAUGUGGUUUGUGGUGAUCAGCUUGUUCAUAGCCCCUACAUGCAAUGUCUGGCUUCCCUUGCUGUGGGACUGCAUCUGGAUCAGCUGUUAUGUAACCCUCCAGUGCCACCACAUCACCAGAGCUGCCUCCCCGACCCAGCAUCCUGGAAUCCAAAUGAGUGGGCCUGGUUAGAAUGUUUCUCAACCACCAUAAAGGCUGCUGAAGCCCUGACCAAUGGAGCACAGUUUCCAGAAUCUUUUACUGUUCCUGAUCUAGAGCCUGUUCCAGAGGAUGAACUUCUAUUCCUAAUGGAUAACAGUAAAUGGAUUAAUGGCAUGGAUGAACAAAUUAUGUCUUGGGCAACUUCCAGACCUGAGGAUUGGCACCUGGGAGGUAAAUGUGAUGUCUACCUGUGGGGUGCUGGCAGGCAUGGACAGCUGGCAGAAGCAGGAAGAAAUGUAAUGGUCCCUGCAGCAGCUCCCUCAUUCUCACAGGCCCAACAGGUCAUAUGUGGUCAGAAUUGUACCUUUGUCAUCCAGGCCAAUGGCACAGUGUUGGCUUGUGGGGAAGGAAGUUAUGGCAGAUUGGGACAAGGAAAUUCAGAUGACCUUCAUGUGCUGACAGUUAUUUCAGCCCUACAAGGAUUUGUGGUGACCCAGCUGGUGACUUCUUGUGGUUCUGAUGGGCACUCAAUGGCCCUGACUGAAAGUGGAGAGGUCUUUAGCUGGGGAGAUGGUGAUUAUGGCAAACUCGGCCACGGGAACAGCGACAGGCAGCGGCGCCCCAGGCAGAUCGAGGCCUUACAAGGAGAAGAAGUGGUGCAGAUGUCUUGUGGCUUCAAGCACUCAGCAGUGGUAACUUCAGAUGGCAAACUGUUCACUUUUGGCAAUGGUGACUAUGGUCGUCUGGGUCUUGGAAACACCUCUAACAAAAAACUUCCAGAGAGAGUGACUGCACUGGAGGGAUAUCAGAUUGGACAGGUAGCAUGUGGCUUAAACCACACAUUGGCAGUAUCAGCUGAUGGCUCCAUGGUGUGGGCUUUUGGAGAUGGGGACUAUGGAAAGCUAGGCUUAGGAAAUUCCACUGCAAAAUCUUCCCCUCAGAAAGUUGAUGUCCUUUGUGGAAUUGGAAUAAAAAAGGUUGCUUGUGGAACUCAGUUUUCUGUUGCAUUGACCAAAGAUGGUCAUGUGUAUACCUUUGGUCAAGAUCGCUUGAUAGGCUUGCCAGAGGGGCGUGCUCGCAAUCACAAUAGACCACAGCAGGUCCCUGUCCUGGCUGGAGUGGUCAUCGAAGAUGUGGCAGUUGGAGCUGAGCACACACUUGCUUUGGCAUCAACUGGAGAUGUAUAUGCCUGGGGGAGCAAUUCAGAAGGGCAGCUUGGCUUAGGCCACACCAACCACGUUCGAGAACCCACCCUGGUAACAGUUUUGCAGGGGAAAAACGUUCGGCAGAUCUCAGCUGGCCGCUGCCACAGUGCUGCCUGGACAGCGCCGCCUGUCCCACCGAGGGCACCGGGUGUGUCCGUACCUCUGCAGCUGGGCCUGCCCGACGCCGUGCCGCCGCAGUAUGGGGCGCUCAGGGAGGUCAGCAUCCACACGGCGAGGGCCCGGCUCCGGCUGCUUUACCACUUCUCUGACCUCAUGUACUCGUCCUGGAGGCUCCUGAACCUCAGCCCUAACAACCAGAGCAGUACAUCCCAUUAUAAUGCCGGCACGUGGGGCAUCGUACAGGGGCAGCUUCGGCCUUUAUUAGCUCCAAGAGUCUACACCCUCCCGAUGGUGCGCUCCAUAGGAAAAACCAUGGUUCAAGGCAAAAACUAUGGACCUCAAAUUACUGUAAAGAGGAUAUCAACCAGAGGACGGAAGUGUAAGCCCAUCUUUGUUCAAAUAGCAAGACAAGUAGUUAAACUGAAUGCAUCAGACCUCCGUCUGCCCUCGCGAGCGUGGAAGGUGAAGCUGGUUGGAGAAGGGGCUGAUGACGCUGGGGGAGUGUUUGAUGACACUAUCACAGAGAUGUGCCAGGAACUUGAAACUGGUAUCGUUGACCUUCUUAUACCCUCUCCCAAUGCUACCGCAGAAGUGGGCUACAACCGGGAUAGGUUCCUUUUUAACCCCUCCGCCUGCCUUGAUGAACACUUAAUGCAGUUUAAGUUCUUGGGAAUUUUAAUGGGGGUUGCCAUUCGCACAAAGAAGCCUCUGGACCUCCACCUGGCCCCUCUGGUGUGGAAGCAGCUGUGCUGUGUCCCACUCAGCCUGGAAGACCUGGAGGAGGUGGAUCUGCUCUAUGUGCAGACCCUCAACAGCAUUCUUCACAUUGAAGACAGUGGGAUUACCGAGGAAAGUUUCCAUGAGAUGAUUCCUCUUGAUUCUUUUGUUGGCCAGAGCGCUGAUGGCAAAAUGGUUCCCAUAAUUCCAGGUGGAAAUAGUAUCCCACUGACAUUUUCCAACAGGAAGGAGUAUGUGGAGAGGGCCAUUGAAUAUCGACUUCAUGAGAUGGACCGACAGGUAGCUGCCGUCCGAGAAGGGAUGUCCUGGAUCGUUCCUGUGCCACUGCUGUCGCUCCUGACGGCCAAGCAGCUGGAGCAGAUGGUGUGUGGGAUGCCCGAGAUCUCCGUGGAAGUCCUGAAGAAAGUGGUGCGGUACCGGGAGGUUGAUGAGCAGCACCAGCUGGUACAGUGGUUCUGGCACACGCUGGAGGAGUUCUCCAAUGAGGAGCGCGUGCUUUUCAUGAGGUUUGUGUCUGGAAGAUCUCGACUCCCGGCCAACACUGCUGACAUUUCUCAGAGAUUUCAAAUCAUGAAGGUUGAUAGGCCUUACGACAGUCUGCCUACCUCACAGACCUGCUUCUUCCAGCUGCGGCUGCCCCCAUACUCAAGCCAGCUGGUCAUGGCCGAGCGCCUGCGCUACGCCAUCAACAACUGUCGCUCCAUCGACAUGGACAACUACAUGCUCUCGCGGAACGUGGACAACGCCGAGGGCUCGGACACCGACUACUGACCGUGCGCGGGGCCGCCGCCCCUUUUCUCAGUAACGCUCACUUCCAAUUUCAUGUGGACACACUUUGAUGGUAACUACAUAGAUGUUUAGGAACAUAAACCGACAUUAUAAACAGUGGCCACAUUUAGUUACUCUAAAUGUAACAAAGAAAUUAGAUGUUUUUAUUUUUCUGUGAUUGUACAAAAAAAAAGACGAAGUGCUCUCAGUCAGGUUUUUCCCUCCACAUUUUUGGUCACUUUUGAUAAGUUUGCAUGGAACCAUUUUGGUGCAUUUUUAGUUGGGAAUGGUACAUUUUUGUAAAUCCACCCAGUGAACAUGAAAUUGUACAUUGUGUAUAAUUGUUCAUUAGAAAGGACAGUUUUACAUGAAUAUUCAUAUAUUUAUUUUGUUUUAAUUUGAAUUGCCUGUGCAGGGUUCCUUAUGCAGAGAAAUAAAGCCAAUUCAGGAA